CUCGCAAUGGCCAGCUUCAACACAGUGCUGAGCCGCACACAGGACGAAGCGACCCAGAAUCUUCUGGGUGGAACAAUUGAUGCGCCACCGCUGCCGCCGCUGCCCCAACCACAUUCUGCAGGUACGCUGCAGAAUGGAGCUCUGAUGCCUUCGGCUCCUUUGGAAGCAACUGCGACUUUCAGCUCGACCCAGGAUGCGACGUCACGGCUGUUGGGGCUGAGCGAGCGGCCAGAAGAAACAAAGCGUUCUCGCGGUGAUGAUGCGCAACGGGAGAAAACCGAACUGCAAGCAACGUGCUUCCGGCUGGUGCUGAAUGGGGAGAUUGAGUCAGCUGAAAUGGGAAGUGGCGGCCAUGGGCCAUUGAUGUGCAUAUUUUCUAUGCAACAUGGACCUGACUGGACGCUCAUUUCUGGUGUGCCGGAUGGGAUCACACAACUUGCGUGCGCUUCAGUACCUGCAUCAUCAUUUGUCACAUCAUGGCGAGGUGGCUUAGCGGAAGUGGUGUGGAGCUUCCCUUUGGGAAUGGUCUACAAAUCAACAUCGCCAUUUGGAUGGCCUCGCAUUGUUUUGACGGUGUACGGCACGGACAUGUGCAAUCGCAGGGUGGUCAAGGGCUAUGGCUCUGUCCAUGUGCCAUGCCAACCUGGAAAGCACACCCGGACGAUUCGACUCUACUGUCCUUUGUCUUCCUCGCCAUUGACGAGACUCUUGGGUGCCCUUUUUGGCAAUCCUGCACAGCUGGUAGAUCCUCGCAUUCUCGCUGGUACUGACGGACGGGAGGUAAUUCGAGUACAAUCAGGUGGAAAGGUACGUGUGCAUUUCGAUGUGAUGCUGAAAGACACCAGUUCUUUCAACUAUGCAUUCUGAUAAGGUUUGACAAGCCUAAGCCUUGAGGAUUUCAUGCCAGUGUUCCGCUCAAGUGCUCC